AUGCCGGCCUCAAGCCAACACCACCUAAGAGCCCAAGCAGCUCAUAGCGAUGAGCGCGUUGUGCCACGCGUGUGUCUUUGUUCACGUCCCUCCCUUUCGCUGCGCGUUCUGUAUCGUGGUGCUGAGCAUAUACUGGAUUGUAGAGGUGGUUCCCAUGGCGGGAUCACAUCACUGGUUGGCCGCAGUGUGUCCUGGGUUCCUGUUGCUGGUAUCGAAUCAGGCAAGAGAUCUGCCCUCGUCGUAUUUUCAAGACUCCAUUGUUCUCUUCAUAUGUAUAAUGACGAUGACCCUGGCCGUAGAAGAGACAGGCCUGCAUCGGAGGAUUGCGCUGAAGCUGCUCUGCAAAGUUGGCACGAAGAAGCAAACGUGGGAAGCCUUUCGUACAAGGAAUUUUUGUGGAUAUUUUUGAAAACUGGAGAAUUUCAGAAUGCUUCUGGGCUUCAUGUGCACGACUGCCUUUCUGUGCCAGUUGCUUACGAUAAGGUCAAGAUCGUCGUAGGCGUUGUGGAUGUUCUUCUCUACUGCCUUGGCUACUCGUUUCUCAUCGAUAUCUUGACGAGACCACCACCGAAAGCUGAUGAGGUCCCAUGA